ACACCCUGAGGGACGCCGGGAGGUGGGUGCUCCCCAUCCUGGCUCUGGAUGUGCACCGCAUCGCUUUGGGGGCGAAGGUACGGCUGGAUGACGGCUGAGGAUGUGCUAUGGAGCCGGGAUUCAACUGCUCUGAGCUCUGCGAUGGCAGCUCCAGCUUUGGCAGCCAGGAGCAGCAGCAGCGGGCGCUGCAGGAGCUCUGCACUGUCACAGUGACAUCUUCUGACCGCAGUGGGAAGAGCUCCCCGUCCUUCUCUGCUGCUCUCCUGGGAGUUGUGUGGACAUUCCUGACUGGAGGAGUCCUGCUAGCGCUCUUCUUUCUUGUCUUCACAAUUCGCUUCAGGAAAAACAGGAUCGUGAAGAUGUCCAGCCCCAAUCUGAACAUUGUGACCCUGCUGGGCAGUGGCUUGACUUACACUAGUGCUUACCUCUUUGGGAUUCAGGAGCAGAGCCUGCCGUCCGGAGACUCGGUGGAAAAGCUUAUUCAGGUGCGGCUCUGCCUGCUGUGCGUGGGGACCUCCCUGGUGUUUGGCCCCGUCCUGGGGAAAAGCUGGCGGCUCUACAAGGUGUUCACCCAGCGGGUGCCGGACAAGCGGGUGAUUAUCAAAGACCUCCAGUUGCUGGCGAUGGUGGCAGCGUUGGUGCUGGCAGACGCCGUGUUGCUCUUGACGUGGGUGUUCUCUGAUCCAGUCCAGUGCUUCCGAAGCCUCAGUGUUUCACUGCGGGCGACAGAGAAAGGCAUGACCUGCUCAGUGAGCCGGGUGCAGUCCUGCGCAUCUCUUUAUUCCGAUCUUUGGCUCGUUCUCAUUUUAGGGUUUAAGAGUAUCCUCCUGCUGUAUGGGACCUACUUGGCCGGUCUGACUGACAACGUCAGCUCCCCGCCAGUCAACCAGUCCUUGACGCUCAUCGUUGGGGUCAACCUCGUUUUCCUGGCUGCCAGCACUGUCUGCUUAGUUCACCGUUUCUUCCGUGCUUGGCACAACUUGCUGUUUGGUUUUACCUCUGGAGGCAUCUUCGUGUGUACAACCACGAUCAACUGCUUCAUCUUUGUCCCACAGCUCAAGCAGUGGAAAGCCUUUGAAGAAGAAAGCCAAACCGUGAGCCACAUGGCAAAAUAUUUCACCAGCCCAAGCAGGAGCUGCCGCUCGGUGUACAGCGAGGAGCAGCUCUGCCAGCUGAUAGGGGAGAAAAACUCCAUGAAGCGGCUGCUCACCGAGAAAAACGCCGUGAUUGAAAGCCUGCAGGAGCAAGUGAGCAGCACCAAGGAGAAGCUGAUGAGGCUGAUGUCUGCGGACAGCGGCUGCGACCCCCACACGCCGCAGGCAGCUCCCUGCACCUGGAGCUCAGGACAGCUCCCGGCAGCUCCGGGAGACCGCUGCCCCCCAGAUCCGGAGCGAGAUGGGUGGCAGCCUCCCUGCUUGCUGAGUACACCACCUCUUUGCAGUGAUGCUCAGGACCUCCGGAAACAUGUGAGCCACGAGCCUGUUUGCUCUCGGGUGCUGCUUUUUGACAUGGGGGAUGGCAUCAAACGUGACCUGAAGGAUGUCCAGGAGUGCGGGACACCUGUGGGGCAGGGGCAGCCUCCGGAGCAGCUGCCGGGCCAGGACAUCUCAGCUAGCGUGGCGUGGGAGUCGUCCCCCAAAGUCAGCUAUGUGAGCAGCGAGAAGCUGCGGGAAAUCUUGCAAGAGCUGAGCCUGGAUGGCAAAACGUACAGCCCGGCCUUACCUGGGGGACCCCCGCGUGGCAGCCAGGGCCCCCCAGGCGAGCAGGGAGGAAUGUGGGGGGCCCAGGAGGGCUACUCGGGCAUCUGCACGCCCCUCAGCCCCUACCUGGCGAGGCGGCGGCGGAGGAUCCUGCUGCCCCCUGCCUCCACCCGCUUCCCCGGACACGUGUCCACUCGUGCCAGCCACGGGGUGAAGGAGCUGGGCAGCUGGGGCCGUGGGGAGUCAGCACAUAUCUCCCUGGGGAUGGAAGGGGAGAUGGCUGGUGGAGGGCUCCUUCACCCACCAGCACCAUCCCCUCCAGCCAUUCCUGGGGAGGUCUGUCUCCAGCCAGAGGGAUGGCCAGGAUGGCCGGAGUCCCAGGGUGCUUCGCCGUGCAUCCUGCGGGAGCAGCAGCAGCGGCAGGGCACCCCGAGGGGACCCGCUGAGCCCUCCCUGCGCUCGCUGUACUAUUACCCGGACUCCGACUCCAGCAGCAGCAGCUCUGAGGAGAUGUUUCACGGCUGCCACCGGCCCUGCUGUGAGGUCUGCUUCCAGAGCCCACGCGGCUCCCUGGGCAGCAGUAGCACGGACACAGACACAGAGCCCAGCGGCUGCACGGGCCACCGGACAGAGCACCACAGCGGGCCCCAGCCCAUGGUGAAUUUCAAAGAAGAUCUGAAACCCACCUUUGUGUGA